AUGUCGGGCAAAUACGUUUUCACCAAGGGCCUCAAGGAGCUCCGCUUCCUUUUCUGCCAGACCUCUGAGCAGAGCGCUGCCACAAGGACCUUCCUUAACCGCGCUUACCCUACCAUGAAGAAGCACAAUCCCCACACUCCCAUCCUCAUGCGCGAGGCCUCUGGCACCGUGCCGCGAGUCUUUGCCCGUUACGAUUUCGGAAAGGAGACUCAAGAAGCGCUGUCCGGUCUCUCCGACGCGCAGAUCGAAGAGCGCAUCACCCAAUUGGUGAAGCAGACCUCAUAA